UACCGCGAGUAGGUUCUCUUACGCUUGUCCGAUUGCUGAAGAGUCUACCAGACUUGGCGUUGCUUACCAGCUCACCAGUAGAGUGGUUCGAUCGGUACGGUGAAGUCGGGGUUACUUUCGACGUCUUGGUCUUCUGGAAUUUCUAUUUUUAAUAUUCUAUUUUCUGACUGAUCCCCUGAACAUUAUUAGAAUUCCGAGAAGUCGGUGAUUGAAGCAGAAACCAAGAAAGCUAAAUUAGUAAUCGGAUUAGUAUAAAGUUCAAGACUCUAGAAUAAUUUGACUGGGAUUAGCGUCUUAAUCGUCUGGCACUCUCAUAGUUAGUGACCAAAACGAGGUGGUCUUAUCACACUGUUAUUCGGAUUCUUGUAUAUUUUUUACCGUUAGUGGCCUUUACUGCUGAACCGCAUUACACUGUAUUGUUGUGCGUAGAAUUAAGAAGUUUGAAAACAGUGAAAGUGAUAAAGAAUAUCAAGUGAGAUUUUUGGUGACGUUCGAUUAUCAAGUGUGGAUGUACCACGACUUGUUGCGGAGGGGAUAUCGGUUUUAAUUGGUUCUGAAUAAUAAAAUGGAAAUUCGGUGCAAAAGCAGAUGAUGAUUCGGCUCAAGGAAAAGUUCAGUUGGGUUCAAAUAAAGGCCCUCCUGAAAAAGGAUAUACUAGUACGGAUAAGACAGCCAUGGAUGACAAUAGUGCAGUUCUUAUGGCCGUGUCUGAUAUUCAUUGCGCUGUAUACGCUGCGAGGCCGAUUCCAGCCCUCUACUGUACCUGAUUGCCAGUUCCCGUCACGGUUACUACCAGCCAAAAACAAUCUCCUUCCCUUCUUUCAUUCCUAUAUUUGUUCCAUAGAAAAUUCUUGUAUAGAUCCAAAGCAGUAUCAAGAGUAUUCGACGUAUGACAACGCCCCACUAAAGCCCGUUCUAAACAUUGUUCAGACGUUUUUAAAUGAAGAUGCUCUCUACAAAACCAUCAUUGAACUGCCGGAAAAAGCGAACUUUGUAAGUUCUGCGCUUGCUCUUGUAUCUAAUUCAAAAUUCAGCUAUCUGGAAAAAAAUAUCAACAACCUCGUCGGCAGACUUCCAGAGGUCGAAAAAAUGCUCGGAUCAACUUUUGAUAUCAAACAGUUAUUUGCAGAUAGUCGAAUGUUUUCACAAUCUGGGAAUAUUAUCUGUGGCAAGCCGUUCCCUCGAAGCGACAAUAUUCGAUUCGUCAACAACAUUCUGUUUUCCGAGGAUUUCAAUGGCGCCAACCCCGAUGAAUUGAAUGCUAUGCCAACACCUUAUUGUAAGCAGUUGUAUCUUGAUGUGAACAAUAACAAUUUCGGAAAGAUGACAUGGAGCCAGAUAAUGCCUAUUAUCCAGGGAAAAAUUAUUUAUGGACCUGAUACAGACGAUGUUAGGGAGAUUAUGCAAUAUGCCAAUCAAACUUUCACCGAAAUGGAUAAGCUACUAAACUUCACAAGGGCCUUGCACACGAUGAUGGUGAAACUCAGAACUGAUGAACACUUUAAAGGACAAUUUUUCCGUCUAAUCGAUUUGGUGAAGUCUCCUUUUGUCCAACAAGCAAUUGGCGGUUCAGUGGAUAUCAAAAUGGUGGAGGACAUCGCAACCCGUAUUGCUACCGACGAAACAAUCAACGAUGUUAUCCGCGUCGUAUAUAACAUCCUUGAAUGCUUCUCCAUCGAUCGUUUCGUCCCUGUAGAAUCAGAAGAAGCGCUGGAGAAAAAGGCCUUUGAGCUUUACCAGAAAAAGCUGUUUUACGCUGCCGUUUACUUCAAUACGACUUCCGAUAAAGAUAUUGUCUAUAAAUUCCGGAUGGAUAUUGACAAUACUCCCAUUACAGCAGAGACUCGAAACAGAUUCUGGUUCCCAGGUCCUGAAUCCAACUUCGAACUGGAGAUGCGGUAUCACCGAGGAUUCGUUCAAAUGAAACAUGCUAUCGAUGUUGGAAUCAUUAAGGCUAAGAAAAAGGCCCAGCUCCUCAGUGAGCCUGAAAUUGAAGAAGGUGCUAGUACAAAAGGGGAUGAUAAUUGGUUUUUCGGAAAUGACGAAACUGAUGACGAUUUCAAUUUCGAUGAUGACGAUGUGGGAGAGAACACCACAACUCCAAGUUCUGACACAUCUAUGGAGUCAGGGGUCACAACUGUCUCCGAACAUGAAACGAAUAAUGAGACCUCAGCGAAUGAUAAAUCUAACCUUCAUUUGGCUGAAGUUACUGAGGGGACAAUAGACCCAAGCGGAAACGAGAAGAAAGAAAGAAGGAAGCGUCAAUUAGGAGCAGGAGGAUUCUUUGAUCUACUGCUUGGAAUCGACUCUAAGAAAUCUGUCCCUGAUAAAUUUGAUGUAGAUGAUGUCGUUGUUCAUACAAAGCAAUUUCCAUAUCCUGAAUACACUAGAGAUGAUUUCAAGAAGGGGUUGUAUUUGGCCCAAUCGGUGCAAAUGGCAUUUUUCAUUGCCCUCAUCGUGCAAAUUGCGACUUGCAUACGAUACCGGAUUUGGAUGAGGGAGAGUCAUAACAAUAUGCUGAUGCGAACAAUGGGUCUAAAGGAAUCAUCCGAAAUCAUAACAUGGCUCCUCACAACAUUUAUCGAGAUGGCGAUUGUAUUCGUUCUUUGCUGCUUCAUCCUUUACACCGGGAAAAUAAUGCAAUAUACGAGCUUAGCAUUUUUAUUCCUUUUCUUGGUCCUUUUUGGGUUAUGUGUAAUAUCAUUUUGCUACAUGUGCUCAACAUUCUUCAGCUCAGCAAGCAUUGGAUCAGUAUCUUCAGCAAUUCUCUUCUUGAUAUCCUUCAUGCCGUACAUUAUAAUUAUCUCACUUGGUGCAACCCUGUCAGGACUUUUGAGGUUCAUCACAAAUCUUUCAUUUUCCACGGCAUUUUGUUACGCUUGGAAUGUGAUAAUGCGAUUAGAGCUUCAAGGAAAAGGGAUGUCCCUAAAUGGAAGUGCGGAUAGCGAAUUCCGAUAUGCUGUAUCCAUGAUGUUCCUUGAUUUUGUACUAUAUGCGGCCAUUGGAUAUAUUGUUGAAAGGAUAAAGGAUGAUGAAUUUAAAUUCCACGCUGUACCCAGAGAUGAUCUUGACAUAAACGUUGGUUGCGUAUUAGAAAAUGUUUCCAAAGUGUACCCUCCCACGAAGGUAGCAGUGAGCAAUGUUUCAGUGGUUUUCCCUAAGGACAAUGUAACCUGUCUAUUGGGACGAAAUGGAGCAGGAAAAAGUACGAUAAUAAAAAUGUUAACCGGUCAAAUCACCCCCACCUCCGGACAUUUGGCAUUAUCACAAUCCCUAUGUGAUGGCCUCAAAAUGGACCAGAUUGGUUUAUGCUCCCAGGACAAUGUUCUCAUCCCUCAACUCACGGCCAAAGAACAUCUAGAAAUGUACGCUCGGAUUAAAUUGAAGGGAGGAUUUGAACUGGAAGUAGCCAGGACCAUGAAGAGCCUGAACUUCGGAAAAUAUGAGAACUAUGAGGCUUAUAAAUUGUCAGGUGGAUACCAACGCCGAUUAUGUGUGGCGAUUGCAUUUAUUGGAUCACCUAAUCUAGUUAUCCUAGAUGAGCCUUGCAGUGGUGUAGAUACUAAAGCUCGGAGACAAGUCUGGGAGCUUGUCGAAUCCUUACGAAAAGGUCGUGCGGUCGUGUUGGCCACUCACUAUUUAGAUGAAGCGGAGUAUUUGGGUGACUCAGUGUUGAUAAUGAAUCAGGGACGAGUCAUUGCUCAACAUAGCCCCGAGAGCAUGAAGAAACUUUUCACCGAAUGGUUUGACUUAACCAUUGCCUUCGAAGAUGAGCCAAACGUCGUUGAAAUUGUUCAAUCUGCUUUGCUUCAAUAUAUCGACAACCCGACAAUAACACAAAAUCCCGAAACGAAAAUUUUCGAAGUGAAAGUACCUUACACCAGUUCUAAUGGAGAACUGAAUAGAUGCGCUGAACUAAUAGAACACUUAGAAAACCUCCGACACAAAGGAAAAAUACGAGAUUUGGCAAUCUCCAGCAAUAAUCUCGAAGAUGUCUUCAACUCGUUGAACAAAGAGAACGAGCACAUGAAUGGGGACAUUGACGGCGAUACCAAAUAUGAAAAGAUAGACCUAAGCAAAAACGAUCUAACUCUAAGAAGUCACCUACCUCAGUCGGAAGUGGCGCGGCACCUACUAUGGAAGCGCCUGCAACACUUCCGCCGUAAUUAUAGGCUCCUAGCUUGUAUCCUACUAUUGCCAGCUAUUUUCGAGAUAAUUGCAAUGGGAUUCCUUCAAAUACGCCCUGGAGGCGAUCAUGACAACAUCAUAAGUUUGUCAAGGACCCUAUAUAAUGGUACUCAAGAUUUUCUGAGCUACGAGAAUAGCAGUCAGUUUGCCUUGAGAACAUAUAAUGAGCUGAAGAGUGAUUGCGAAAAGUGCGAGUAUUUUAAUACCUCCCGGAAGGCAUACACUUGGCUGCUGGAGACGUAUGAGGACUACCAUAUGAAACGAUAUGGAGGAUUAUCGUUCAAUGAUUCGCAGAAUAUGGUCUGGUAUAACAACAAAGGAUACCAUUCAAUGAUGGCCUGGUUGAAUGAUCUCAACUCGCAUAUGCUGAGAGCGGAAAUGAAUGACUCUGGUUACAGUAUAAGGACUUUGAAUCAUCCUCUUAAACUCGGAAGGGAGGAGUUGAGUCAGUCGUCUAUCUUGCAACAGGUUGCAGAUUCUGGGAUAUCUUUGAUUAUUCUGAUUGCAUUCAGUUUGGUAGUGGCAGGAGGAUCAGUAUUUAUAGUAAACGAACGAGUCAAUGGUGAGAAGCUCCAACAAAUGCUAUGCGGAGUCAAAAUAGAGACAUAUUGGGGUGUCGCUCUCCUUUGGGACACAAUUGUAUAUUUACUAGCAUUGCUGUUAUGUGUAAUAAUAUUCGAAAUAUUCGCUAUUCCUACUUACGUAGCAAAAUCGAAUUUAGAUGGUAUCUGCUUGUUGUUAUUCCUGUACGGGUUCGCAUCGAUUCCAGCGGUUCAUGUAUUCGAAAAAUUAUUCUCGGAGUCAAGUUUCGCAAAUAUGACAAUAUUCUGUUUGAAUGUUGUUAUUUCUCUUACAACCACAACUGUGAUAGUUUUAUUCGAUGUAUUAGGCGAUUCAGAUGAGGCUGAGAACUGGAGAAACUUCCUGAAUCGCGCAUUUUUAAUUUUCCCCCAACAUGCGCUAUCCGAUGGUUUGGUGACCAUUUGCAAAAAUUUCCUUGCGUCCGAAAUCCUCUCCAGGUUCUACAUUGAUACCUACAAAUCCCCAAUAACAAGUGAGAUACUCCGCCCACAUUUCAUUGCCUUAUUUGUCCUUGGAGUGUUUUUCAUAGCCCUGAAUUACGCCAUCGAAGGCGGCUACCUACAUAGAUUGUAUGUAAAAAUCUUUAAACAACCGGUAGCUGUUCAAGAGCUACAUAUUGUAACUAUCCAAAACUCCCUAAAGAAAGAUGAGAAGUACAACACGUAUAAUAACUACGCGCUCAAGGUAGAAAAUGUUUCUAAGACCUAUGGUGAGAAAGACUAUGCGGUGAGAAACGUCUCAUUUGAAGUGAAAACCGGGGAAUGUUUUGGAUUGCUUGGCAAUAAUGGAGCCGGGAAAUCGACAAUCUUCAAGAUGUUAUCAGGACAGAUGAAUCCUACAAUGGGAACAAUAAGCUUUUAUAAUAAUAACAUAGCAUACUGUCCACAAACUAGUGCGCUCGAUCCUCUAUUAACAGUGAAAGAAGUGAUUCAAUUUUAUGGAGCUUUGAGGCGAAUUAAAGACAUCCCACGGCUUAUAACGAGCACCUUGAAAUCAUUCAAUUUGGAGGACUACAAAGACGUUUUAGUUAAAAACUUAAGCGGUGGUAACCGCAGGAAAUUAAAUGUAGCCGUGUCUUGCUUUGGUGAUACCAGCAUCAUUCUAAUGGAUGAGCCCACAAGUGAUAUGGAUCCUGUCACCCGAUCACUAGUAUAUCGUGCAAUAUGCGAACUGAUAGCAGAGCGAAGAUCUGUAGUAUUAACCUCGCAUACGAUAUCGGAAAUCGAUCGUGUCUGCAGCCGUAUUGCGGUGCUCAAAGACGGAAAGCUGAUAACGACCGGGACACCUGACUACCUCAAAGAGCAAUUUGGUGGCUACUAUAACGUCACUAUCUUCUACGAUAAGAUCCAAGCAUUAUCAAUGGAAAGAGAAAUCAAGCAGGAAUUCACUCAAUGCCACGACAUCCAAGUUCACCCGCAUUCAUUGAAGUUCGUUGUGAAAGUGAAAUUGAAACAGAAUGACAAUCAAAACAAUGAGAUCGUGGAGGAUGAUGGAUGCUUAUCGCUGAGCGAGCUGGUCCGAAAACUGGCAGCAUUCAGUGAGGAACGAUCGGUUCAGUACACAAUCAACAAAUGCAAAUUGGAUAAAGUCUUUGAAAAUAUUCUGGAUUCAAAUGAUGGCGGUUACGUUCAUAAAGGAUACGUCCAGACUGAAACGGUCGCAUAAUUGUGAUAGCAGUUUUUAAGGUGCUGAUCUUAGGUUAUUUUGAAUUAGAAAUGUUGGGGGUAAAAAGAUGUUUUAUUUGUUUAGAAUUUUAAUUUUUUGUUUGUAAUGUUGUUUGUAGUAAAGAUGAAUUUGAAAUUCAUCUUAGAUUUAAUGAAUCACUUUGUGGUAUGCAGAUGAAUUUGAGUAUUAAAGAAAUUUUAAGAGAUA